GUUUGAACGUUCAUAGGGCGCAGUUUGGUGUUUCGUUACGUGGUUUUGUGUAGAUGGUAGGAUAUUGUUUUUUUUUUUCCCCGUCAUUAUAAGAUUUCAGUCAGCAGAGUGGUGGAAAUAGAGAUAUCGUCUAUUAGCUCAAAUACCGAUAAAGGGUUUCGUGAAAUUAUGGAGGCAAAGUAGUCAGUUAAUAUACAUUACGAUUAAGCACAACCUGCAGGAUAAAUGAGCAAAGAGCAGAGUACAAUGUCCCAAUUACCAGUCAUGUCGAAGAGGCCUUUCUCCAGCACCACUGAUGGAGAGUAUCAACAGCCUGCAACGAAAAAGAUCCGGAAAGUUGAGACGGGUCUUCAGAGGCUCAAACCGCCUACUAGUGUAAUCCCUCCAAAGUGUCCUGGGCCAGUCAAAGCAACCAGCAGAGCAGCAACUGUGGCUGCAGCUCCUUCAAGAGGUGCUGCAAAAAAAACAUCUGCACAUGCAUCAGUAAUUAAAGGAGCAUCCAAGAGACCGGGAUGGGACUUGAAAGGAAAAGUCAUUGAUCCGGAGAACAAAGUUCAGAAUUACCAGGGCCGUUGGAAGUCUUUUAACCAAGAAAAUGAGAACCUUAAAGCAUCAAAUGCAGAAGUGCAUAAAAACAAUGCACAGGCCAAAGAGGAGAACAAGCAAUUAAAGCAGCGCCUCAGGGCCCUUGAAGAGAGACUAACUAAUCUGGUAUCUGUGAAAGAGGAGCUAGAGAGAACUAUUAAAGAAAAAGAUGACCUGACAACUGAAAACAGCAAUAUAAAGAGCCAGCUAUCUAUUCAGACUUCUGCUCUGGCCCACUGUCAGGAUAGUCUCCGAGUGUCUCAGGAUACAGUAAAAAGUUUGCAGGAAUUGGUGGCAAGGCAGCAGGAUGAGCUUCACUGUGGAGAAAUGGAACGCAGGAAACUCCAUAACACAAUUCAGGAGCUGAAGGGUAACAUCAGAGUUUUCUGCAGGGUACGUCCUCUCCUUUCCAACAAGGAAGCAACCAUCCCACACAUUCAGCUGCCUACUCAUGACAAGAAGUCUAUAACACUUGCAAAAAUGGAAGAGUCGCAUGUGGGACGGGCUGCAGAAACUAAAAAUUACAUCUUCAGCUUUGACCGUGUAUUUGGGCCACAGAGCACCCAGAGUGAGGUGUUUGAGGAGAUCUCCCUCUUGGUACAGUCAGCUCUGGAUGGCUACAAUGUCUGCUGCUUUGCUUAUGGCCAGACAGGUAGUGGCAAAACAUUUACAAUGGAAGGUGGUGACACGGAUGACACGUGGGGGGUCAUUCCACGAGCUGUCCAGCAGAUUUUCAAGUCUGCCAACAUGCUUCGUGAGCAAGGCUGGCAGUAUACCUUUACAGCCAGCUUUGUUGAAAUUUACAAUGAAACUCUGCGGGACUUGCUGUAUCUGGGCAAACCUAACAAGAGGCCAGAACAUGAAAUCAAAAAGACCACAAAUAAUGGAGUCACAGUCACCCAUCUGAAUUACCAGAAGGUCACCACUGAGGAUGAGGUUUGCAAGUUGAUCAUCUUGGCAAACCAAAACAGGUCCACUGCCCGAACAAACAUGAAUGAUCAAUCCUCUCGUUCCCAUUCAAUUUUCCAGCUGGACAUUGAUGGAGAAAACACUGGCAGAGGCACCAAGUGCAAAUCCUCUCUUUGUCUGGUGGAUUUGGCUGGCAGUGAAAGGAUCCAGAAAACCCAGUCUCAAGGAGAAAGGUUUAAGGAAAUGACUGCCAUAAACUCUUCGCUCACCAAUUUGGGAAUUGUCAUCACUGCUUUAGCCAACAAGGAGAGCUUUGUGCCCUAUCGCAACUCAAAGCUUACCUACCUGCUUCAGGGAUGCCUGGGUGGCAACAGCAAAACUUUGAUGUUUGUAAAUAUUUCACCUGAAGAAGAAAGUUUCGGUGAAUCACUUAAUUCACUGCGCUUCGCCAGCAAGGUGAAUGACUGCAUUAUUGGAACUGCCACGGCCAAUAGGAAGUAGCAUUUUGUUUUUCUUCUUUGACCAUCUGAAGGCACAGUUACUGGUCCAUCUUUAUGCUUUUUCAGUAUCUGUCUGCCUUGCAUUUUUGAAGAUGUUUUUAAUCCAUUUUAUUGCUUUAUAUUUUAAUCUCAUAAUUUUCAUUUUCACACUGUUGGUGCAAUUACCUGGACAUAUCAAAAAUAAAUAUUUUUGAUCAAUGCA